AUGAUUCGUCAAGAAGUCGAGGCCGGCGACCCGUGCACCCUCACAGGCACGUACAAGGUUGGCACGGACAUCUCGUCCUGCAGCACGAUCAAUGUCGGGCCUCUCACAGUCCCAGCCGGCGUCACCCUGGACUUGAGCCAGGCGAAGGACGGCGCCACGAUCAACUUCACGGGCACCACCACCUUCGGAACGACGCAGUGGGUUGGUCCGCUAAUCUCGGUCAGCGGCAACUCCCUCACCGUCAAGGGUUCCGGAACGCUGGACGGUCAAGGCGACUGGUACUGGAAGCAGGGUGAGUCUAUCACGCGCCCUGUCUUCUUCAGGUUGCAGAGCGCAAUUAGCUCGAACCUGUCGGGCUUCAUCAUCAAAAACUCGCCCUUCCGCACGUUCAGCAUCGUGACGUGCCAGCACACGAAGCUCAGCGGCCUCACGCUCGACUCGAGCGCGGGUAACGGACGUGCUCACAACACGGACGGCUUCGACUUGAGCAAGAAUGACCACGUGACUAUCACUGGCAACAAGAUCUACAACCAGGACGACUGCCUGGCCAUGCAGUCGAGCACCAACACAAUCUUCAACAACAACCUCUGCAGCGGCAGUCACGGCAUCUCGGUCGGGUCUAUCGGUGGAGAAGCGGUCGACCAGUCAACCACAGUGGACGGACUCACCGUCCAGGGCAACACCAUCGUCAACAGCGACAACGGCCUUCGCAUUAAGGCUCUAGUUGGAGCGAAGGGCCGCGUCACCAACGUCAAGUACAUCAACAACCAGCUGCAGAACGUGGAGAACGCCAUUGCGAUCCACUCGGACUACAGCAGGUCGGCCGGUGCCUACACCGGCGCCGCUACCAGCCAGGUGACGAUCUCCGAGAUCACGGUCGACGGGCUUCGGGGCUCGGUCGACCAGAUCUACGAGAUCCUGGUGAACCCCAGCGCUGUGUCGGGGUGGACGUUCAAGGGCAUCACCGUGACAGGGGCAAAGGGCGUUUGUAAGGGCCAGCCCAGUGGCAUCACCUGCUAA